UGGACUGAUAUCGCUAAAAACAUGAAAGAGGAUGUUACAUUACCCCCUCUGAAACGACGGCGGACUGCCACUCCGACUCUCCCUCGGCUACAUGAUAUAGAUGUCGAUGUCUUGCCGGCUUCUCUAUCUCGUCGUCGGACUCCAGUACCUUCGCCUAUAUCUUUGUCUUAUGAGCGCCUACAGUCGCCCUGAUAUCUUGCAAUACUUUCUACUUGUAUGUUCUGUAUUGAAAUUUUUGAAGCGCCAAGUUGUUCAUAACUAUACCAUCCUCAUAUAUCAUUACACACUGCAUGUCAUCUGUAUAACCAGCAUCUCUCGAUACAUCACCGCUCAAUAGUAUUUACUUAUUCUUGCACAGUAUCCACAUAUGAACUUUAUCUAUAUAUUAUAUUGUCUUCCGCAUGCGGUGCGCGGAAAAAAAUUCCGGAAUAUUGAUCGGAUCAAGGUGGCGUCUGUAGCCGUCUUU